GGGGGAAACGCGGCCGAGUGGCGGCGGCGGCGGCGGCGGGGCCGGAGGUGGCGGCGUCGGUGUGCGGGUGCCGGUACCGGAGUUGGAUAUCCACUUUCCUCUCCUAAUAUUGAUGGUCUUGAAAGUGCAUUUGGAUCCAAGACAUUUUCUAUCACCGAACAAAUCAAGAGCCUCCUCUCCUAUCUCAGAGCAGUACAGACAGCUUAAUAUCUUAUGAGCUCACGUCUCCAAAUUAAAUGAAAAAAGACUUUUCUCUAGUUUUCCAUGAAGCUCAGCUGCUGCCUGUUAAUUUUGACUGUUGGUGUUGAUCUUUCGAUUGGAUUUCCACUGGAAAAUGUAGCUUCUAAUGGAACAUCUGCCUUUGGGUCUUUCAAUACAUCAUUUCAUCCAGUGCCUCAAGCUUUACUAAGUUCCCCAGCGCACCAUGAUAUCAUAGCCAAAGAGGGGACCAGUAUUUUAAUUGAAUGUAAACUGAACAUCAGCCAAUAUGAAUAUAUCCUUUGGUAUAACUCCAGAGGGCACCUGCUUGAACAGAAAGAUGAAGGUGGACGGUGGAAGAUUGCUGAUAAUUCCCUUAACAUCACAAAGGUCAGCUUUGCUGAUCGGGGGCGAUACACGUGUGCAGCUGUUAAUCGUAAUGACACCUCGUACUACACGGUCACCCUGAGAGUUAUCUUCACCUCGGGAGACAUGAGUAUCUACUACAUGAUUGUGUGCCUCGUUGCCUUUGCUAUCACCCUCAUUUUAAACAUCACCCGUCUGUGCAUGAUGAGCAGCCACCUCCGCAAAACAGAGAAGGCUAUUAAUGAGUUCUUCAGGACGGAAGGGGCUGAGAAGCUUCAGAAGGCUUUUGAGAUAGCCAAGCGUAUCCCUAUCAUUACAUCUGCCAAAACGCUAGAGUUGGCCAAAGUUACUCAGUUUAAGACCAUGGAGUUUGCUCGGUACAUUGAAGAGCUUGCCAGAAGCAUUCCCCUUCCACCACUGAUCCUUAACUGCAGGGCGUUCAUGGAAGAGAUCUUUGAGGCUGUGCGAGUUGAUGAUCCUGAUGAAGUCGGCGAGGACGAAAAGCAAACCCAAGCGUGUGGUACCCAAGCUGCGAUAUACCCCAUCAACCCAGAGAUCAAGCGCAGCGAUUCGCCAGCCGGGGAUUCAGACGAUGGAUCCAUGAAUGAGCAAGGUCAAGAGAUAGCUGUUCAGGUGUCCAUCCACCCCCAGUCAGAAGUCCAGAGCAUCGACACUGUUUCUCAUGACAGCUGCCAGUUUGCUCCUUCUGAGGAAGGCACCUGCUGAGAGCAGUGACACACUCGUGAAAGAAGCGUGACUCUAGGACACUGAGAAAGGGAUCUGCAAACAAGCUGCCUCAUCCCAUGUGCACAAGAGUUGUUUCCAAAUUGCAAGGUGCCAGAACUACUACUGCAAUCUGUAUUUUCCAUCAGUGUUCCUCUGUGUUGAUCUAACAGUUUCAAGUCUGUUAGAGAAGGCCAUUUGAAAUAUCUGUGGCUUUUAUUUUUGAAGCAAGCUUACUAAACUUAAAAUAUUUACCAGACGGGAAUUCUUUGUCCUUGUCUCCUUGGUAGUUUCCGACACUUCUAAUCUGUAUCAGAAGUGGUCAAGCUGAGCAAAACAACUUGCAAUAAGAUCUUUUCCUUUGUGAACUCUUACUUCCUUCACAAAGUGAAACCAGAAUCCCUUUUAGCCAAUGUUACUAUCCUGCUGAGUCGUGUGCUCUUUUUGAAUUGCCUUUUGGUGCGUAGCCCAUCAGAACCAUGGUGAGCUUGAACAAAUCUGUUUUGUGUAGUGUGCUUCUAUGUUGCUAUCACAAUGUACUGUACUUAGAAAAAGAAUGGUACCAGGAUCAGCUGGUGCAUGAAACGCAUUGGUAUAGUUUCAGAGCAGCUUAGAGAACAACCAGGGGAUCUCAGUUUUUUCAUGCGUCUGCAGAAAACUUGUGUGUACUCCAGUGUGUGGAACGCAAGUUGUUAGAAAGCUUGUCACUUAACCUUGGUGCUGACUGCCAAAGCGCCUUACCCUGGUUCUGUCUCGCAGAGCAGUAAGCAGUACUGCUGGCACCAUCUGUCUGCUGCCUCUGCUUUCACUCACUAUAGGAAAUCCAAAGUUUUGCAUUGUAUUUGACAUUGUUGUGAGAAAAGAAUGACAGUAAUCAUCUAGUGACAUAACUUAAACACGAAUUUGUCUACAGAUCAGGUAUCUCAGGCAGUUCUUUCUGAGCAGCAUUACAAUAAAAGAGGGGAAAAGCAAUGACACUCACUUUGCUCUGGCUCAUACUUUCAGAAAGCAGCAGAAGAGAGAGGGCUCAGCAGAGGGGCUGACCGAGCUGCUUGCCCAGCGUUGCUUACAGGACUGUAGUAACUCGGUAGCGUGCCCUCUCCCGUCUGCUGAAGGAGUGGCAGAAGGGUGAGGUGUGAGUGCUCACAUCCCUACCGCACCGAGGAUCUCCCGCAUGGCUUCCUCUGCUGUAGAGAUCCAGCCUUGUGGAAGUUGAGUGCAGACACAAAUCAAGUUUCUCCUUUCACUCAUUUGGUGCUGAUUUUUUUCUCCUUAGCAUUUAUAAGUUGUAUCAUUUAAAUAGCAUUUUAUAUCCUGUUGAGAUUUAGUAGAUGUAAGGCUUGCAAGCACUCCAUAAAUUAAUUUCGUACAACUACUGGAACCAUAUUGCCAUAUAAUUUUAACAACUUGGCAACAGGAGCACCAUUUAAUUUCCCACAACUCUUUUUUCUUUUCCUUGUUAUUACAGAAAUGUCAGUUGAACAAGUGAUUCUGGGAGGCUGUUCAGGAUUCUUAACAGGAAUUGACACUACAUGACUAGAGAUGGAAAACAAGCAGGCACAGUGGUAAUAACAGGAUGGGGCCUCCUGUUGUAAUGCAUCCUCAUAAAAUAGGGUCUAAACAGAUUAUAUUUAUCAUAUCGUAUCAGAGGACGGGAAACUGAAGCAUCUAUUACUAUUUUAAAAUACCUCCUGGGGAAAGUUCUGCAGCCAGCCACCAGUAAAUGCAGCCUAGUUGGCUUUGGCGUGUUGGGUAAGAGCUGUGUUUUUCGGGAAGAAUUAAAAUUGCUAGCCUUGGUUAUAGCAGUGCUCUGACCAACCUGGUGCCAUUUCCAAGUCUGUAGCAAACAUUAUCUGCUUCAGGGGAAUAAAGCCUGUAGACACUUAAUGAUAGAUACUGCCCUCAGCAGUAACUUCUUAGCUUCCAUAGCUUGAUGGCACUUUAUGUCCAGGUGAGAAGUUUGUGUAGUUUUAUGUAACCUUUCUGGUUUCUUCAGAAGUUUUUGGUGAUCAGUGUUAAAAUUAUACUCUUGUGGAUAAAGGCGUAGUUCUCUUAGAAGCCCUGCUGAGAUGCCGCUGGCUUCACUUCUGUACUACAGCCAGCUCUGCAGGUUUAUUGCACGUGCAUGAGUGUAGAUUUGGGAGUUUGCACCAUUUUUGGAUAUCCUAUUUGAAAGAGAUGGUGGCUGCAAGAGAGGAUAAUCUAUUCUAAUCUCCUUUGUGCCACAUGCCUUUGGGAUUGUAUCCAAACCUGCCUUUUUUCCCUGAAACAGCUCUCCUUGCUUCUGUGAAGCUGUUGCAUUACAUGUGGCAGUAGCAUCUUUGACAUUUUCCCGCAUACUAUAUAUGCAAUGUAGAGGUGCAGCUACAAAACCGAAGCUCCAUUUAAUUGCUUCCUAAGAAGCAGUUAUGCAACUGUGAUUGACAGAUGUCUCAUCAGACGUGGCAGCUUACAGGCAGCAGAAUGACACUAGAGGUGUGUCAGAUGGGUGUCAGGAGAGCAGUUUCUAGAUUAAUUCAAUCUGUUCUUUGAUUUUUAUACUUUAUUUACAUAGCUCCAAGUUCUUACUAAGCACAGAUCCUCAUUGUCUUCGUGUGUCCUUGUUCCUGCUGGAGAGGAAGGAAUGAUCUUACAUACAGGUCCUCAGAAAUGCAGUUGCCAUGUCAAUUGCCGGAAUGCUAAAACUAAGAAUUGUCCUAAAUUAUUACAGUAUUUUGUUCACUGAAUUAAUUUCAUUCCUGGGAGUGAGGCUGUUUUGCAAGAAUUUCAGUAAAUCAGUGGUACUUACUAAAUGUAGGAACUGAUUCUACUCCCACCGAACUCAAUUAGAGCAGAUUGGAAGCCUAGUGUGUUUUACAACCAAUAUCGCAGGAUCUUUAUGCAUCUGAAAGCGAGGAUGGUGGUGAUAUUAUACCGUAAAAGUAAUUUCCAGAGAAUGAAACCCCACGGUGGUUUCCAAACAACUUGUGAACUAUUCUUGUUAUAUUAACUAGAUGUGUGCACUUAAAUUUGGUUGAUGUGACUAAUUGAAAAUUAACAUUGAAAGAUGCUGUAAACAUCAGUGUUUCUCUCUAACCUUUUGUAGCACGAGGAGAUUCUGCAGUGGUUUCCUUGGUUUAAACUAAAUUCUUUGACAAUCACAAGGCUAUUUUCUCUCUUCUUUGUAACUUCUUUUUAUUUUAAACAACGUAAAAUCUACUUGCUACCCAAGAGUACCCAAAAAUAACUUUGUAGUGGUUAUUUGUAUUACAUGGGUUGUAAUGUAACUGUUUAAUGUAGCCACAUAGGAUUUCAUACUUUCAUAAAAUGAAUUGGUAGAUUUGCAAAAUAAAUUAAAAACAAAAA